AUGAGGCCAGGGCCGUGGGUGUGGCUGUGGAUAUGGCUGCUCAGGCUGGGGCCCCUAGAAUCAGCACCCAGUCUGGAGAGUGCCAAGGCCUCGGGCCGGGGAGCAGAAUCUCUGCUCUUCCUAGACAGACCUGACUUCUUUGAUUACCCAGACUCAGACCAAGCCAGGCUCCUGGCCGUGGCCCAGUUCAUUGGCGAGAAACCAGUCAUCUUUGCUAACUCAGAUUCUGACUCCAGGCUCUUCCAUCACAUCCUGGUCGGUGCUCUGCUGGUGGCCUUCUUCUUCCUGCUUUUCCAGUUCUGCACUCACAUGAGCUGUGAGAAAGGGGCCUAAAAAGCCAGAGGAGAGCCCUGGAUUCUGCCCUGGGCACCCAUGCCUGCUCUCCUCUCCUGCUGAUGAAUAAGAGUCCUUGCUUCUUUCUCCCUGACUGCUCAGCUUGGGGGGCC